GGGUAUAAACGAGGGAGUUCAGGGAAGGGAUUUAGCAGAGGCAGGAGGGAGGUGAGUGCUAGCAAGGCACUGCCUGAGGCCACUCUGUCACCAGACCUGUCACCACUAAGGACCUGGCUGGAGGGGCACCAUGAACAUCGAGGUGCACAACAUCACUUACACCAGUGCCACCGUGUCCUGGGCCAUGAGCAGCCCCUGCCCAGAGAACUACUACCACGUCAUGUACCGCCCCAACUGGAACAGCGUCUUCGCCGGCUACCUGCGGCAGAACUUCCACCGCGAGGAGCGCGUGCCGCACCCGCUCAGCUCCCUGGUGCUGCACCGCCUCACGCCCUCCACCAUCUACGUCCUCUGCAUCACCUGCAAGAACUCCUACCCCUCCAGCAACCACUGCACCACCUUCCACACGCUGGACAAAAUCCCCCUGGUUUUCGGCGGCUCCAAGCACGAGCCCACCACGUCCAUGUGGAUGGUGAGCAGCCUCCUGCUCCUCUGCUUCCUCGCCCUGCUGGCCUACGGCUGCCUGCAGUUCUGGUCUGCACGCUGCCACUGGGCUGCCAGGCUGAAGCACCCCGACAGCAGCCCUGAAGAAGUGGGGGAAGAAAGUGGCUCACCAGAGGAGCCACUGAGUGAUGGACUGAGAGAGGAACUCCUGGAAGUGCCCAUGACCACUGUGCUGAUGAGGAGCUCCAGUUUCGUGAAGGAGAACCCGUAUAACUCCCCUCACUGCUUUUUUUCCUAUAAAAACAGUGAUGACAAAAGGGCCAUCCUGCCACAGCAUGGCCUUCAAUGA